AUGGACGGCCUCGACGAGUUUGAGAAGCAGCUUGCUGCCGAUAAGGCCGAGCGUGAGCGCACCGAAGAUCCCAAGAAGCACCGACACCGACACCGCGACGACGAUCGCCAUCGCCGGCGCCACCGCGACGAGGACGACGACCACAGACACAAGCGGCGACGGCGGGCGCGCGACAAGCACGAUGACUCACGGCACGAGCACGGAGACCGCGACAAGCAUCGUGCCCGAGAUCGUAGCGAAAAACACAAAGACAAAGAGCUGGAAGACAAGCCAUCAGCGGAAGCGGGAGAUGCGCCUGUCCGAGACGCUUGGAUGACGGCGCCGUCCGCCCUCGACAUUGAGCACAUCCACCGAGCGAUACCAAAGGAAAAGACGCCACCAAAAGAACCGGAGCGCGUCAUGUCUGUCCGCGAGAUCAACCGUGGGCUCAAUACACCCGCUUCCGCAGCCGAGGCGUCCUCCGAGCCAAAAGAGUGCGUUAUCGACUACACAUUUGGCGAUUCCGGUUCCAGCUGGCGCAUGACCAAGCUACGCGGCGUGUACGACAUGGCGAACGACACAGGACGGCCGGUCGAAGACAUUGCUGUUGAGCGCUUCGGAAGUUUGCAGGAAUUUGAUGACGCCAGAGAAGAGAAGCAGGAGCUCGACCGGGCCAAAAGCUACGGCAAGGGCUACAACAUGAAAGACAAACCCACAGGCGAAUUCUACACGGAGCGUCUCGCCAACCAAAAGCCAACUUCGCCAGCCCCUCGACCACCCUCUGCAGAACCAACUAGCGCAGCGCCCGCCGCGACCAUUGUCACCCCUCUAGACCAAACCGCGCUGAACCGUCUCCGCGCGCAAAUGAUGAAGGCCAAGCUCCGACGGCUCCCCAACGCCGCGCAGCUCGAGGAGGACUACAACCGCGCCGCCGCGGGCUUCUCCCCCUCGGCGUCGGCCGCGCAGUCCGUCGUGCUCGGCGGGCAGGACAGUCGGCUCCUCGCGGGCCACAUCCGCAACGAGGUGCGGUCGGUGGACAACAAGCGCGGCCGCGAGCGCGGCACCGUCGUCGCCAACGAGGACAUGACGGUCGACGACAUGCUGCGCGAGGAGCGCCGCACCAAGGGCCAGGCGGGCGGCGAGGGCAUGCGCCUCGCCGAGCGCAUCGCCAAGGACGGCAAGUUUGACGACGACCUCGAGUACAUGGAAGAAAACGCCGAGAAGCUCGCCAAGCGCGUGCACAAGUCCGAGGUGAACCUGAAGAACAUGGCCGUCAGCGAGUUCCAGAAAGUCAAUCGCAUACUGGAGAACUGUCCGCUGUGCCACCACGAGGACACGCAGAAGCCGCCACUCGCGCCAGUGCUCGCGCUCGCCACGCGCGUCUUCCUGACGCUCGCCACGGAGCCCGAGAUAUCCCCUGGCGGCGCCGUCAUCGUCCCCACGACGCACCGCAAGAACCUCCUCGAGUGCGACGACGACGAGUGGGAGGAGAUGCGCAACUUUAUGAAGAGCCUCACGCGCAUGUACCACGCCCAGGGCCGCGAGGUGCUCUUCUACGAAAACGCCGCCGCGCCGAACCGCCAUCUGCACGCCGCCAUGAUGGCCGUCCCCAUUCCGUACGCCGAGGGCGCCACCGCGCCGGCGUACUUUAAAGAAGCCUUCCUCUCCGCCGACGAGGAGUGGUCGCAGCAUAAGAAAAUUAUCGACACGGGUGCGAAGGCGCGCGAGGGGCUCGGUCGGAUGGCGUUUCGAAGGUCGUUGGCCAAGGAGAUGCCGUACUUUCACGUCUGGUUCACGCUGGACGGCGGACUGGGGCACAUCGUGGAGGAUGCUGGGCGCUGGCCCAAGGGGGAUGUCUUUGCGAGAGAGGUUAUUGGCGGGAUCGUGGACGCGGAGCCGCAUAUUGUCAAGAAGCAAGGGCGGUGGCAUCGCGGCGAUUCGAGGGUGGACGGGUUCAAGAAGGACUGGAGGAAAUUUGACUGGACGAGGGUGCUGACCGAGGACUAG